UGUAACAAUUUUUUUGCGCUUUAUAUCAUUUUGAAGCAGUACAGCUAUUUUGCUACUUAAAAAUUUACGAGAUAAAUAAAUUAGUUCAACGAAAUAUAAAAAAACCUUAUUAAAGACUUGGAAACUUAAUUUUGAUAGAAAAAAUAAACAUUUUUUUAAGAGCCGAUACGCAAUGUUAUUGAUUUAUAUUUUGAAGUUGAACGGAAGCGGAUACAAUUGAUAAUAAACAAGAUGGCAGCGCUCAGGCAGUACUCUCCGAUUGUGAAUGACAUUCAUCGUACUUUUUUAACUUCGUUGUCAGCAAUUCAGUUUAGACAUCUGCGUUCGUCUACAGGACAUAGGCAAACUGAAAGAAAUGAACGCGAAUUAAAUGGUAUAAAAUUACCCCCUACACACAUACCUUAAUUAAGCAAACCUUGUAAUAAUCUCAGUAAAACGUUAAAACGGCAACAGCCAGCCGUUUUGUCUUUCUUCUUUCAGGAAUCACUUUCUUUCUAAUUUUUACCAACAUAUUAUCAAACGCUAAAACUAAAAGGUUUACCAUUUUUUUAUGUGUGGUGGGGAUUGGUGCAAAGAAAUGUUGGUAAAUUUGGAGAGAUAGCACCGUAAUCCGCGAACUUAUAAUAACUUAAAUGUAUCCCAGAACCCUAAAUCUAUCCCUAAACCUAACCUGAACCCUUAACUUAUCCCUAAGCUGGGUUUUGACCCUAUCGGAACCAUGGACAAAACACGCAAAUAAUGACAUGGUGCUAUCUCUCCAAAUUAGACAAAAUGUUAUGUAACCAUUUUUUUUAUGACGCCAUGACUGUAAUAACUUCAUGUCAUAACAACAGUUUUCUUACCACAGCACAGUUUGAGUGUGUAAAUGUAGCCACACACAUAAUUUAGUUGAGGGAACGGAGCAUCUAUCGGGUGAAGGGGGGAUGACCGCAGGUCAUGAGACUUCUGCCGAAUAACUAUAACUAGAGGGAUAUAAUAUGGUACCUUCGUUCACCACAAAAUUUGCUUACCAGCUGACAUUAUUUCAUAAUUAAAUUUGAUAAUUUUAACAUUUUAUUCCUAUUUUUGUUUCUCUCAUCAAACAGCUAAACCAGCACAUUCUCUCCCUUUCCCCUCCACGUUUUAGCAGGUGUGUGUUUUUUUUACACGACCUCCACCUUAGUUGCUAUGACCCGUCACUGUUCAUGGCUACCAUGGGAAAUGUCAUGGCGCGAAUUGCAUAAAUAAAGUGAUCAAAUUAGUUUAAUUAACCUAGGCCUAGAUUAAUUAGUAGGUACUUAGGUGCAAAAAAAAUUAAAUAAACAUUUCAGUUGUAUUGUUUGCCAGAAGUGCAGUUGACUCUUUCCAUUUAUUCUUCAGUUUUAGCUUGAGUCUUGCCCAAACUAAAUGGUGAUCAAAUAUAACAUCAGCUCCUCUUUUUGUUUGUACAUCUUGUAAAUAUAUGAUCAGUUUGGUCAGGGGUGCCACUUUUCCGGGUUAUCCCGGAAUUCCGGAUUCGUGAGGCUAAAUAUUUUUCAAUUCCAGAUUCGCAAUCUCUCAUUCCGGAUUCACCAGUUCAAUUUAUUCACAUACGGAUUCUGUCUGGGUUUUUUUUAAAUCAAUGUGUAAAACAAUGCACGAAAAACCUGGAAAAUUCCUUGAAAAUGGAAGUUAAUCGCCGAUCUCGUCUAUUUUUAGCCUUUCUAUUGCUAGAGAGCUAAUGGUUUCCCCUUGCGCAUGCGUUUUGAGCUUUACACGUUUCGAGUACCGUACUACUUCGAUAGACCAGAAAUAUUUAUUUUCUGUUCACAUCGCCGAUCAAGAGAAAUUUGAAGUGUUUGGGUAAGCAAAGUGUAAAAUUUAGUAAAUAUCAUUUUAAUUUAGUUUUAAAUUGAUGGGUAACCAUUAUCAUAAAAAGAAAACUACUUGUCCAAGCGUUGUCUAACAAGACUAAGCUUAGCGUACUUUAUGUUUUACUGUAUGCAGGCGACAUGUAUUUUUUUAUUAGAAGAGCUAUGCGCGUUUAACUUUUUUUAAAAGACUUUUUAAGUUAACUUUACAUUUAAUUACGGAGUAAGCCUUCUAAUUUUAAAUAGGCUAAUAUGAUUAAUUUAUUUUUAUCUGUUCAGUAGUGAGCCUGACAUAACUGUAUUUAGUUAGUCUUUAUUUAUUAGUUAUGCACUCCUGUUUUCUGACUCUGGUUAUACUUUACGGCACAGUAAUUCUAAUGUUACUAUUAUUCAUAAUUAUAAUGCUCUGUAUUACCGUAGCCGUAGUUUAGUACUGGUAUAAUAUAGUCUAUAUUAUUAUUAUGUAUGCCUUACUAUAAAUUAUAAAUCUAAUAUGAUAAUAUAUUUUAUUUUGUUUCACUAUUCAGGAUCUAGGCUCAAUAAAAUAAUGUGAUGCCAAACAGUUCCUUUAACUUUAAAGAACUGAUGGGCAUUACAGUUAAGCAAUCAUGAUUGAAUAAGUAUAAGUCAUCAAAAUCAAUGCUAUACUAUGCUGGAAAUAUUGAUAUCAAGUAUUCAAGGGGAAAAUGUCUGAGUCAAUCAUCUGAUGAUACCAGCUUUAUCACCCAUCUUAGGUGUCCACUUCUGUAACUUCUCAAUUUAUGAAAUUUAUGUGUCAAACUAUGAAACUCUCACACUGGGGAGAUUUUAUAGACACUAAAGUUUGUUGACUCAAACUAUUUUCAUCAAAAAGAAGAUAACAUGAACUCCAUUUAAGAAAAGAUGCUUUCCACUUGUCGUAGCUAUACGUUUGUUUUAUAUGGCCAGAUAACACACUGCAAUUGCAAAAGUUGACUUUUCAAGUCUAAGUAAAUUGAAAAAUUGCUAAUGCUAGGAAAUUUAAUAAAUAUUUACAUGUAUACACCUUAAUUGUUUAAUUUUGUUCAUUUGUGAUGUAUCUCAAUGUUUUAUUUGAUAAUUUCAUGCUUGUUUUUAUUUUAAUCAACAAAAAUGCUGCAUUGCGAUAAUCCGGAAUUUUGAGUUUCAUUAAGUUUCAGGGAUUGAAAAAUUUGUAAAUGAAGUUUCAGGUUUCAAGAAAUUGUUAGAAAGGGAUUUCAGGGCUCAUAGCUUUCAUUGAGUGGCACCCCUGAGUUUGGUUUUGUGUUUUGUUGUCAGGGGACACCCAAGUUACCUUGUGGAUAUUCCUAUGCUGGAAUUCGCUGCUCCCAAUAAUGAACUCAUUUGCCGUGCAGAAAUUUGCCAGUCUUUCACCGUUUUCAUUUCUCCCUUUUAUACCAUGCCGCCCCAUAAUUUCUUCAUAUCCUGUUUUCUUUUCCAAUAUUAGCAUUUAGAUCUCAUAUUAAGAUAUUUAAUCUCUAUCUUGAAAUAUUUCCAGUAUGGCUUGUAGUCUAUUGUAGAAAGCUUCCUUUUCGUCUUCCUUACAAUCGUUUGUGGGUGCAUAGCACUGCAUUCCAUUCAUAUUAUUUUCUUCUCUUCAUUUGGAAAAUUGCUAUAAUAAUUCUUGGACCAUGGGCUUCCCAUCCUAUCAAUUUUCUCCUCAUAACCUAUAUAUAUUAGUGUUUCUCCCAGGCCAAAGUUAACUGUCCAGCUUGUGUCCAUCUUGUUUCAGAGAUGCUGAAUUUGUAUUUUCUCAUUUUUGCUGCCACUUAUGCUGAAUUUCCUGUUUCAUACAUGGUUCUAACAUUCUACCAUUCUAUGCUUAUUGCCUUUGAAAGGAGGGUCCUCGCUUUGAUGCUUCCAGUAUAACCUGGCUUUGGCCGCAAAGCUUCAUAAAUCCUCUUGGGAAAUUUUUUAAUGAAAAAGUAAAAUAAAAACUUAGGUAGGGAAAUUAGUUUCUUGUCUUUGUGUUAUCUCCCAUUGUUGAUUCGCCUCAUUUAUUUAAAGCCUCCAAACUUUUGGUAUUUUUGCACUGAUUAUUUACUUUGGAAUCCUAUGGAGAAAUCUAAUUAGGAAUGUUAGGAAUCUCUAAUCACUAAAUAGCCUUGAGUUACACUAAGUUACAGAAAGUUGUUCUUAAAUACCAAACAUAAGAGUCCCAAGUAAAAAAAAAAAUGUUUUGUUUAUGUGAUUGAUAUUCACUGAUGAUUUUUAAAAAUAUUUCUAUAGAGUGCAAACAAAAAGAAACCAAUGAGUCUCUUCUAACUCAAAGUAUAAAUAUUGUAAUUAAUUAUAACACAAAUAUAAAAAUCUCAAGUCUCCUUUCAAAAAUUAAAAAAAUGGAUGUGCUGAAAUCUUUUCUAAUAAACAAAGUUUCUUGUCUAAAAGUUCUGAUUUUCUUUCUUAAAGGCUUCACCAAAAACAUUUGUAUCAUCUCUUUUUUUUAGAUUCAGAUUCUUUCAGAGUCUAUGAAAUUGAAGGUCUACGAAAAAGCAAGGAAGAAAAAAAAACUAGGAGAGUUGCACCAAAACCUUUUGCCCCAAGAUACCGCUCAAUGCCAGUGGAUCAAGACUGGACUAAUGUAUGGCCCUCUGCAGCAACAUUCAAAUGGGCAACAGUACCAUUUCCUGUUAGGCAAGGAUAUAUCAAGGUGUGUUUACAACAUGGUAAUGUUUCUCAUUUUUUAAAUAUCUUAAAACAACUAUGAUGCACAUCAGUUGCCUCUGUUUAAUUUAUUUAUUCAAUUGAAAAUUAUUUAUAAUUUUUGUUGCUUCAAAUAGUAAUUAAAUCAGAGAAAAUCAUGUCAUGGUUAUAUUUAAUACAUUUAAAGUCAAAGAUCAUUCCUAUUCUAACAUAACAGUCAUUUUGUUUACUUAGUCAUCUGCUGAAAAUGAAGGAGUGAUUCCAGCAAAAUAUGGCAAUUUAGAGUUGAUGAAAGGACCAAACUUUCUUCAUCUUACACCAGCUCACAUAAAAAAGCAUUGUGCUGCUUUGAAGAGUAAGCACAUCUCAUUUAUUUUGCCUUUUUAACAAUUAACAUUGCUUCAUUAUGUCUUUUUUUUUUGGUCAUCGGUUUACCUUGUAAACCAUUUAACUCUUUUAGAACUUAUCUUUCCUAUUAAUUAUAAAACCGCAUCUUAUUUCUCUGUUAGUACCCUAAGCUACAAUGUUUUUGCUUCUGCAUUAUACUUCCUACUUUGUUGUGAGGAUAAACUGGAGCAAGUGUGUCCAUUGAAUUGCCUGCGGCUAAGUCCUAUUCUGUACCCCAUGGCAAAAGAAUAAAAUUACUUAUAAUUCAGUGUAUUGAAGUAGUGCCAGGUCUGAUACAUUGCAUUCACUAACAAAAAAUAAGAAUCAAUCUCUAUCCUAAAAUUGUUAUUUUUAAGGAAUGUAAUUUAGCUCAUGCUUGUUUUAAUGGAUGAGAUCCAACCAAAUGGUUUCCCCAGAAAUGUUUGCCUAAAAAGAUUUAACACCACUGAAAUAUUAAGGAAUUUUUGCUUUCACUUUCAAAUUUGGUUUCAUUGAUACAGAAUUUUGCACUCCUUGGCCAGAAGGUCUUGAAACUGAUGGAAAAUGUCGUCAUCACUUCCCAGUAGAGUCUAUCACAAGUGACUACGUAUUUGCAGCACCUUCAAUAAGAGAUGAAAGAGCAAGAUUUGUAACUAUAAAGGUUUGUUUUUUUAUUAGUAAUCAAGUUUAAUGUUGUAUUCUGUUUGAAUACAAAUGGUUUAAAAUUGAAAAAUUAACAUUAAUUUAUUUUUAAAUCCACCAUUGACUACAGUCUUUGGCCUGUAACACCUAAUUAAAAUCUUGCUCUUUUCAUUUUAAAUUUUAAGGAAUAAUUGUGUUUAUUUUUUUUAAUUUUAGGACUAUAAAUAACCCACCAAACAAAGGUGGCAGCAAUGCAUGAACUUCUCAUCUACCAAAGUUACUUGAAAAAACAUGCACCUCAAUUAGUAAAAUAAAUAAAAGCACUGUUGUUGUUUUUAAGAAUCCUAUUUAGAAAUAGGAAAUUUAUGGUGUGUGCUACGGAAACCCUAAUUGUGCAAUUUUUGUGGAAUGUUCUUUUUUUGCGCACUUUGAACACAGCCUUACAUAUAUUACCUAGAGAAUUAUUAUUUGCGAUCAUUUCAUAUUAAAUUUAAAUCAAUCUGGCAAGAUUAUUGUGUUAAUUUUCUCCAUGGCAUUAAAAACUAUUAUGUUAUAUUAUUUCUACUUGUUUUCACCCAUCCAAAAUAGCAGAAAAGGGCACUUAAAUAAUUGUUCUAAUUUCACUUUGUCGUCCUUAUUUUUGCCUCAUUCAAUUUUACCUUUCAGUUUUACCUGUCAGACCUUGAACUAGAUUAUCAUGCAAGAGACAAGUUUAUUCGAUUGGUUGGAACUCGCUACAACAAAGACACAGAUGAAGUAACAUUUGAAAGUGGCAGGUAGGUUACUGUAUUGUUACUUCUUAAAUUUUGAUGGCAUUAAUUCUGGUAAUUAAAUAGUCUUUUAAAAAAUUUAAGCAAGUGAAGUGGGUUGUUAAUAAGUAUAUGAGUGUAAGAACAACUCAUUUUAUAAUGAGUGUAUGAGAGUAAGAUUAUUGAAGUUGAUAAUCAUUUCUAAGUGUUUUUAAAAUGCAAUAACUGUACUUUUUAAAAUAUUUUAGAUGCCCCUUGAAAGCACAAAACUUAGACUUCCUUAAAUUUGUGCUAACUGCUCUUUACUUUGAGUCUUGGGUAAGUAGAUAUACUCUUUGCUAACAAUGAAAAACUCAAAAAGAAAUGUUUUAGACUGCAAAUGGAAAAGUUUCCCCGGGGGCAAUGCCUGAAUAUUGCACCCCCCUCCACCCACCCACUACCCCCAGCCUGAACAUGGCUCUGCACCCCAACUCUCCUUUUCAUCAAUAAAUGAUAUAUGUUACACAAACAAAAUAUAAAAUAUGUUGUUUUUUUUUAUCUACUACAAUUGUGCCUAUAAUAAGCUAACUAGCACUUGCACUUAAUGGUUAGAGUUUUUGCCUGUAGAAAAAAAUGUACCUCUUCCAUAUAAAUUUUUAAAGAUGCCGAUUCAGUGGUGUUGUUUUUCAGGAUAACAUCUCAGUACUUUUUAUGUGACCUCACAAAAUGGCAUUAAAUAUUAGGUUUUAAUAUGAAACAGUCUUGGGGGUUUUGUAGGGCUAUAGAACUUUGAACAUUCAUGAAUAUGGUGUUGAUUGCUUUUCAGUUGAUUGAAUUAGUGUAAUCAGAUUUUGCUGGCUGUAUUGGAACAAAUUGAUGCAUUUAUUACUUUCUGUUACAUGCUGAGUUAAAACUUCAGUUGUUCAUCUCUACUUAUAUUAUCACAAAAUAUCAUUUUUAAACACAUUUUUAAAGUUUUAUUUGUAUAAUGUUAGGGAAGAUUUGGUGGAAAAAGGAACAUAACUUAUAGUUUCUUUAUAAACUUUGUUUUAUGGCUCAUGCUUGUGUUAGUAUGACAAUAAAACUUCACACUCACAGUUCUUAAUCAUCAUUUUAUUUUCCAGAAAUAUGAGAGUUGGGAAAAACUCAAAGAACUAUCUGAUAUGGAGAGAUAUUUUUGGGACCUGAAUGCUUCACGAAAAAAAUGUACUUCAUUGCUGAGAACAAUCAAAUCUUUAGAUGAUGUGAGUUGUUGUGUUUAAUAUAACUGUUGGUAGUCAUGCAAUAAUUGGUGCCUUAUUUGUAAAAGAGUUGUCUGCCCUAAAUGAUGUGAAGUCCCAUUGAUUUCCUUACACAAAAGUGUAUUUUAAAACUGACUUAAUCAUAUUUAAUUUUUAAAGAUAACAUUACGAAAUUGAGACUUUUAAACUUGAACAUAGCAUAAAACUUAGGAAUAUGCUAAUAAAGAUAGUAAAAAGACAUUUUCACAUGAAAAAAUGUUGUGCUUUACAAGUAACACCAAUAAUUUUUUAAACCUCAAAAGUUUUUAAAAAUUUAUUGAGACAUGUGGACACACUGCUGACAUCUUGCUGCCUUGAAUUCAGUCUAGUUUAACUGUUACAGGAAAGACUGUGUGUGGUAAAUUUUAUAGCAUAGACCUGAUUGAUCGAGCACUAUUGUUUUUAGCAUACAUUACAAAUAGGAUAAAUAAGUUUUGGCCUUUUUACAUUUGUUUUAGCACUGCAAAAAUCUGUAGUUCAAAUUUUACAUUAUUAAAUAAUGUUAUGACAAGUGGUGUAGCGUCUUCUUCUUCUUCUAUAUUUUGAGGACCCACAAUCAAUGUUUUGAUCCUUCUGUCCCCAUGGGCCCCCAGCAACUUUAUGGAGAGGCCCCACUCCAACAGUUACUGAACUAAACCAGUUAAUGCAUUGUAAACCUGAUUGUGAUAACAUCAUUUUUAUUAAGUCCAUUUGAUAGUUUAAAGAUCAAUUCAGUAAAUACAGGAAUAUUUUUAAAAUAAUUGAAAAUAUGUUUAUGUAACCUGUUGCUGUAUUAUUUGUUUGUCCUUUUUAAAUAAAAUCUUAAUUGUUUUCUGUUCCCAGUCAUCCGAGUCAAAUAGUGACAAGCUGAAUUACCUCCCUCCAGAUGUUUCUGACGAUGAAGCUCUAUGCAGCUUACCUGAGGUCAAUAAGUACAAAGUUGCCAUUGAGGAAAUAUUUAAUGAAGGGGAAAAUAUUGACACAAUAAACCAAUAUAAAAAUGCUGUGAAAACAUUGCUAAAUAUUAAUAGUGAUGUUGUUUAAAUUAAAUAAUCUUGUGUAAAUAUAUUUGUGUAUGUAACAGUGUGGCAAUAAGACUUCUAAAGAUAGCAUUUUCUGUUCCUUUGAAAAAGUUUGUUUCAAACUUAUUAUAAAAUAAAAUUUAUGUUUAAAGAGAUUAUUGCCUAGGGUAAAGUUAUUAUGAGAUAGAUUGAUUUCAAACUGAUUUAAUGUAUGAUAUUCCAGCUAACUUUUGCAUUGCAACAAAUAAGUUUGAAAAGCUUGUGGUCAAUUGAUGUAUGAAUUCAAAUGAGAUGCAGUCUGAUAAUGUACUGUGGUGUUCAGGUUGGCUGUAUGUUCAUUCAAUCCACGUUGUAACAUAAAUGCUUUUUAAUAAAUAUAAUGUGCUAUAGAAAAA